AUGGAAGAAAACAAUCGGUUCAUCAACGAUCCGAUUCCUGACCAAGUAGAUCUGCUCAUCAACGAUCCAACCAACGAUGCAUAUUUUAAUUCUCUUCCAUGUGGCUAUCGAUUUGCCCCAACUGAUGCCGAGUUGGUUUCAAGCUACUUAGAGGGAAAGGUCUUGAACAAGGAAAUCCCCAAAAACAGGUUUCUUGACCUUGACAUCUCCUUGUAUCAUCCUAGAGACCUCACUGGGCGCAUCACUUUAAUUAGAGAAAGUGAGUGGUAUUUUUUCACUUCUAGGAAACGAAAGUACCCGAGAGGACAACGGCCAGAUCGAUCAGCAGUCGAUGGAUUUUGGAAGGCAACUGGAAAAGCUCAGGACAUCGAAGACAGGAAUGGUAAAGUAAUUGGGUCCAAAAGGACUCUAGAUUUUUAUCAAGGGAAUCAUCAAGAUAGCAAGAGGACAGAAUGGAAAAUGCAUGAAUACACGCUCAAUACAGAGACUGCUCCUCGUAAUGAAAUAAGCAAUACUCGUGUUACGCAGCUAGAUAAUUGUGUUUUGUGCAAGAUUUACAAGAAUACCAAAGGAGGGAACAAUGACUCGAGCACUACACAAUCUGAUCAAAGAGCAGAGCCAUCUACAAAUGUUGUAGCAUCUCAAGCUUUUCCAGACCAACAAAUCCAGCCCGUUCAUCAGCAUGAUCAAUAUCUUGCUGGUCAAUCUAGCGGUGCUUCUUCUUCCUCCACUGCAAACAAACGUCCUCGUGGCAUGCCAACCCCAACAAUAUUGAACACCUACGUUGGAAACCCUACAUAUUAUCCGCACCAGCAGUACCCUUUCCAAAAUCAAACGUCUGGCACUCCUCCAGGACCAGUCUACAAUAACUAUCAAAACCUUACCCAAUACGAUCAAAACGAUCAAAACCUCACCCAAUACGACAUGCAGUCUGCCAAUAUUGAGAGCCAUUUUCAGCCAAGGGAGUCGUUUUCUUCUCAACCUGGAUCUUGGCUACCCAUGGAGACUUCCACGUAUGCGGAUCCAAUGCCACUGGUUGAUUCUAGUUCUAUGCAGUUACCUGUGCAUAUCAGGCUAUAUGAGCAACUACUUGCGGCUAGAAACAGGGAUGGUGAUUUCGCCAAAAGACUAGAGCGUUGGUAUCAUCGUCAACAGCAGUUGUUUAGGCAAAACCCUAGCAGUACACCAAAUUGUAAAUUAGUCUAG